AUGCCCCGUCGGAACUUCGCCAAUCGUAAAGCAACAAUGACUGCUCUUUGGACCCCAGAUGGAACAAGUACAGCAUCGAGAAGAGGGAAGGGAAUGAUCAUUCACGACUUCUACUUGGAUCUCUUCGACAGUCACGUCCACUUGCCUCCUCACCAUCUGAGGGAAGAUGGACAUGUCAUUCCAAAGGUCCUCUCUUCCGAAGUCCGACAUGCCAUCAUGUCGGUGAAGGAUCGUACUUCACCCGGCCUCGGCAGAAUCAAGCCUGAACAUCUGAAGUACCCACCGCCAGCCCUCAUGAACACACUGGCGAGGCUCUUCACUCGUUAUUUGUCGGAAUGCAAGGUCCCUGAGCAAUGCAAAACCAGCAAGACGGUGCUGUUGUAUAAGAAGGGAGACCCACAAGACAUCGGCAACUAUCGUCCAAUCUGCAUGCUGUCUGUCACCUAUAAGCUCUUCACAAGAGUAAUCCUAAACAGGAUAGAAAGAACAUUAGAUGAAGGACAGUCAUGCGGGCAAGCAGGGUUCCGAAAAGGGUUCAGUACUACUGACACACAGUUUCAAAACUCAUAG